AUGGGAGAUCAACGUCAUAUGGAGCACCGGCCGGUGCAAACCAGCGCAGUCUUUGUGCUCGGCGCAAAUCACUGCGACUCAAAGCCGCCCCCCUCGCCUCCUUCACCACCAGUCUCACCUCCAGAAGAUGGCUUCUUGGAAGAGUUGGAAGAACUCAGCCUUGGAUCGCCCGACGACCUCUCAGAGAACGACGAAAGCUCUGCUAAAGUCCAAGAUAGACUUCACGCCGCGACACACGUCCUCAAGACUGAAGCCGCAGCCUUGCGUUCAGUCGCCAGCUUAUACGAGACGGAUCCCGUCGCACGAGAUGGCUUCAACAGGACAGUCGCGGCAAUCACACGGCAUAAGGGUGAAAAGGGGAAGCUCGUCAUCACCGGCGUCGGCAAGUCUGGUCACAUCGCCAACAAGCUCGUUGCGACAUUCAACAGCCUGUCACUCACAUCCGUGUUUCUGAACCCGAUUGAUGCUCUCCAUGGCGAUUUGGGCAUCAUCCAAAAGCACGACAUUCUUCUCUUCAUCACAUUCUCCGGAAAGACUUCCGAGCUCUUCAGCCUACUACCACACUUGGAUAAGCCGUCAUCAUUAGUCAUCCUGACCGGACAUACGAGACCAGACACGUGCGAGCUUAUCAAACUCCGACCGGACACGAUCCUCCUCCCGGCACCGGUCCACGAAAGUGAAACUUCGUCGUUCGGAGUCUCGGCUCCGACAACGUCCACAACGGUCGCCCUGGCCGUCGGCGACGCGUUGGCCAUUGCCGCCGCGCAGGAGCUGCACCCGAGCGUCGCACAGGUGUUCUCCAAGAACCACCCGGGCGGCGCGAUCGGCGCCGCAUUCCGGAAUCCGCAGACGAUCGUGGAUCUGGCCAUCCCCUGGGUUGACAUUGACGACUCGGAUCACCUCUGCGCGGACAGCAGCGUCGGCGCGGACCUCUUCCGUGCCGCCUACGAUUCGCCGUCUGGGUGGGUGCGGGUCGGCGACGCCGUGGCAUCGCCGAGCCGUAUCAGGAAGCUGGCGACGGCGGACUUUUCGCGCUGUCUGAAAGAUAUCCCCCACUUGUUGGUGCCGAGGGCGGAGAUGCUUUCCAUCUCCUCCGGGACCACGAUACGGCGCGCCGUGGACUUUGUGAGGAACAUGCAAGGCGCCGCGGACGACGGCGAGUACGUCUGCAACUCGGAUUCCCUCCUGGCUGUUUUGGGCCAGGGAGACAUGGUUGGCGUUUUGGAAGCUGGCACGCUCCUGGCGUGGAAGGAUUGA